AUGGCGACCUUCGAGGCGUACGAGCGGCAGUUCAACGGCAUCGUCGACGCUCUGUCAGACGGUGCGUCCAGCGGGCGGCUGCACGAGUCGCAGCGGCGCAUCGACGACGCGGAAUCACUCAUUCGCCAGAUGGAUCUCGAGGCGCGGUCGCUUCCCCCCACCGACCGCGCGCAUCUGCUGGCGCGCCUGCGCGCGCACAAGCUAGCGCUACUCGCCGCCAAGAAGCGCGCCGCGGACUCGGCGGGGGAGGGGGGAGUCGUGACGGGCGGUCAAGGAGGGGGGCAAGCGGGGGCCCGAGGGGUGGGGAGAGCGGAGGAGGAGAGAGCAGCGCUGCUGGAAGAUGGAAGGGACUAUGUGCCUCUAUCGGGUGCGGCGGACCAGCGGGCGCGGCUGCUGCAGGUGACGGCGCGGGUGCAGGAGUCGUCUGAGCGCGUGGCGGAGAGCCGGCGCGCUAUGGCGGGCACGGAGCAGCUGGGCGUGGCCAUCCUGGCCGACCUGCACCAGCAGCGCCAGUCCCUGCUGCGCGCCGGCGACACGCUGGAGGACGUGGACCACCAGAUGAGUCGAGCGCGGAGGGUGCUGGCGGGCAUGGCGCACAAGCUGCACCGCAACAAGUGGAUCACCGCGCUCAUCCUCGCCCUCCUGCUGCUCGCCAUCGCUGCCGUCAUCUACCUGCGCCUGCGCCACUAG